AUGGCCGCUGAUCGACGUGCGAAGCACACAGCGGCGCUGCAUCGCUCGCAUUGCCUUAUCUGGGGAGAGCCAAGGGGGGCCACUGUGGCCACUAGGACAGGAGGGAAGCAGGGUGCAGGCGCAGCUGCAGCCCGUCGAUCCGGCUCGGGCGAGGAUGGGGCGUCGGCAUGCCGCUCGGAGCAGCGCUCGCUGUGGCGGAUGCGCUCGGCGUGGGUGUGGGAUGUGCAUGUGCACGUUCGUGAAGCGCUUGCUGCUGGCGAGGCAGGGGAUGGCAUCAGAACAUCGGAAGUCGAUUCAUUCUCAGCCUCGGCGGUCAAGCCGUUGGAAAAUGCUGUCGGCCACGGAGCUCCGCAGCGAAGCCGACAUGCUGAGAAGCGGGCGGGCGAAGCGGCAGUUGGCGGCUGCAUGUCUGGCGCGUUUUGCGCUCGGCGAUCCUCUGCUGUCGGGCAAGGCGACGAGCAAUGGAGUCGCGACCAACGUAAUCCACAGAGCAACAGCGGCUCCAUCAGCCAAACCGCAUCGAACGCAACCAAACCAACGCACGCACGAACAUUCUCGCCCGCGCCCACGCAUUAUUCUCAUUGCGCACGCACGCACGCUUCACCAUCCCCUUCCUCCAUCACCUCGCCAUCCAUCUUCCUCUCCACCACCACCAUCGUCAACACCACGACCCCUCAAAGCACCUCCGCAACCAUGUCCAAGGAUCACACCGCGCUCCCCAUGCAGAGCCUCUCGAUCGACGAGAAGGCCGGCCACGACCCCAUCACCGGACACCGCACCCCCUCCGUGGGUACCCCCGGCCACAGCGGUAUGGGCGCACAGCCCACCGGCGGCAUCCUCCCCGGUGGCGCGCCCAAGAACGACAAGAAGAAGAUCCACCCCGCCGUCAUCAUCGUCCUCUGGAUCGCUCUCUCCAGUAGCGUCAUCGUCUACAACAAGUUCGUCCUCGACCCCAACCAGCUCAACUUCCCCUUCCCCGUCUUCCUCACAACCUUCCACAUGGCAUUUGCCACUGUCGGGACAAGGCUGCUCGCACGAUACACCCACCUUCUCGACGGCCUCGCCAACGUCGAGAUGACCAACGAACGCUGGGUCAAGAACAUCCUCCCCAUCGGCGCCCUCUUCUCCUGCUCUCUCAUCUUCAGCAACAUGGCCUACCUCACCCUCGGCGUCAGCUUCAUCCAGAUGCUCAAGGCCUUCACCCCCGUCGCCGUCCUGCUCAUCUCGUUCGCUUUCGGCCUCAAGCAGCUCUCUGGCUCCCUCACCAUGAUCGUCGGCUGCAUCUCCUUUGGUGUCGCACUCGCCUCUUACGGCCAGGGCGACUUUGCCAUGUCCGGCUUCAUCUGCCAGGUGCUCGCCAUCGCAUUCGAGUCGUCGCGUCUCGUCAUGAUCCAGGUGCUCCUCCAGGGUCUCAAGAUGGACCCCCUCGUCUCGCUCUACUACUUUGCGCCCGUCUGCGCCGCCAUCAACGCCUGCGUGCUUCCCUUCACCGAGGGUCUUCUGCCUUUCUUCCAGAUCUCCAACCUCGGCCCUUUCGUCCUCUUCACCAACGCUGGCGUCGCCUUUGGCCUCAACAUCGCCGCUGUCUUCCUCAUCGGCGCCGCUAGCUCCUUGACCCUCACGCUCGCGGGUGUCAUCAAGGACAUCCUCCUCAUCCUCGGCUCCAUGCUCCUCCUCGGCGACACCGUCACUGGUCUCCAGUUUGUCGGCUACGGCAUCGCCCUCGCCGGUCUUGUCGCCUUCAAGACGCACAAGGGCUAA